AUUUUGAUCCCGGUUCAUGUUUUCAAUCCCUGUUUUGACCGGUUUCUAAGUUCCUUGUCUCCAUUUCAGACAUACACGAGCCAAAUUGAAGCCGAAGUGGACUCGCGCUUCAAUACUCGGACGGCCCUUUGACGGAAACAGUACUUGAGUACUGUUGACUCGGAACCGACCACCGACUAUGAGUUCAGACAUGGCUCUCAAUUCUGAGGAGUUCCACACUGUUGAUGACGAGGCUUUCGAGCCCGCAGUGCAGCCUACCUACAAUGAAGCGUUUCCCCCCUUAGAGCAGCGCAGCGACAGCCCAAGCGCAUUCUCUUUUGACCAAGGACAAUGGAACAAGAAACUCUCCCUAAAGAGUUCGACCACCACACAGGUUUUCUGUGUACCAAUGGAGGAACGUCGCUUCAAGGAAAUGAAUGAACCACAAUUUGGCGAUUCUGGGCAUCAAGCUAAAGUCUGUCAGGACAUCAUGCAGAAAGUUGGGGGUGUGUCGAUUGAAAUGAGCUUGGCCAAGGACGAGAGUUUGACUGUUGUCAUCCAUGGCAAGCAGGAGGACGUGAUGAAAGCGCGUCGCAUGGUAGUCAACCAGUUACAGACCCAGGCCAGCAUCUCGAUCCCCAUCCCUCGCGAACACCAUCGUUUCCUCCUCGGAAAGAGUGGCAAGAAACUCCAGGACCUUGAAUUGACAACGGCUACGAAAAUCAGCAUCCCGCGACCGGAAGAUAACUCGGACAUGGUUAAGAUCGUCGGCACCAAGGAAGGAAUUGACAAGGCUAGGCAUGAGAUACAGGUCACCUCGGACGAACAGGCAAAACUGGCUUUUGAACGUCUAGCGAUCCCCAAGGUUUACCAUCCGUUCAUUUAUGGCCCAAACAAUACGCUCCUGACCCAGAUGCAGGAGAAAUCUGGUGUGCGUAUCAACAUCCCGCCUCCCAGCGUAAUGAAGGAUGAGAUAUCAGUCUCUGGCGAAAAGGAAGGCGUCCAUGCUGCAGUUGACUGGAUCAAGUCGAUCUACCAAGAAAAGGAACGAAAAUGCCAAACGGUCUCUGUGGAGGUCCGUAAAUCACAACACAAGUAUGUGAUCGGACCCCGUGGUAGCUGCCUGCACGAAAUCCUCCAACAGUGUGGCGUGUCUGUUGAAGUUCCGCCUCUCGACAACCCCUCCGGUACGAUAACCCUUCGUGGCGAACCAGACAAGCUUGGACCAGCCCUGACCAUGGUUUACGCCAAGGCCAACAGCGUCAUCAUCGCCGAGGUCGAUGCACCCUGUUGGCUCCAUCGCUUUAUCAUUGGACGUAAAGGUGCGAAUGUGCGUAAGAUCACACAGGAUGUACCUAAGGUUCACAUUGAAUUCAACGACGGCGAAGACAAGAUCCAGGUGGAAGGUCCCCCUGAUGAGGUCGAAAAGGCACGCUUGGCCCUGGAGGAGAUCACGCAGGAUUUGAAAUCACGCAUGGACUUCACCGAGCUUCAUGUUGACACUAAAUAUCACAGACAUAUCAUCGGCAAGAAUGGCGUUAACGUGACCAGGAUCAAGAACGAGACAGGCGUAUCGAUCAGGAUUCCCCCUGACGCGGAGAAGAGCAACAUGAUCCGUAUCGAGGGUGAUCCACAGGGUGUUGCGAAAGCCAAGAAAGAAUUGUUAGACAUGGUUCAGAAAAUGGAAAACGAACGUACACGAGAUAUUCUCAUUGAGCAGCGCUUCCACAAGACCAUCAUCGGGGCAAAGGGCGGCUCAAUCCGCGACAUUCGCGACAAGUUCAAUCAAGUUCAGAUUACAUUCCCUGACCCCGGUAAAAAGAGCGAUGUCGUGACCAUCCGCGGCCCCAAGACAGAUGUGGACAAGGUUUACAAGUACCUGCAGCAGUUGCACCACGAUCUCAUCCUCGAGAACCACCAGGCUGAGGUCCACAUCUUCAAGCAAUUCCACAAGAAUAUCAUCGGCAAGAAUGGUGCCAACAUUAAGAAGAUUCGUGACGAAACUGGCACCAAGAUUGAUCUCCCAAGUGAGAACAGCGAAUCUGACAUUAUCUUGAUUACCGGGAAGAAAUCAAGUGUUGAGGCAGCUAAACAGAAAAUUGAGUUGAUCCAGAAGGAAUUGGCCAACAUUAAAGAAAUCAGCAUUGAAAUCCCUCAUAAACUCCAUAACUCGAUCAUCGGAGCGAAAGGUCGUCUCAUUCGUUCCAUCAUGGAGGAGUGCGGCGGCGUCAUCAUCCGCUUCCCCCCAGAGGGCGCCAACAGUGACAAGGUCACCGUCCGUGGACCAAAGGAUGACGUUGAGAAUGCCAAAAAACUGUUGCUGGAUAUUUCCCAGGAGAGAAAAGAGUCCGGCUUUACUGCCGAAGUCAAAGCCAAGGCAGAAUACCAUAAGUUCUUGAUUGGGCGUGGCGGUGCCAACAUCAAGAAGGUCCGUGACAGCACUGGGGCGCGGGUUAUCUUCCCCGCUCCCAACGAUACGGACCAGCAGCUUAUCGUGAUCAUCGGCAAGAAGGAAAACGUUGAAAAGGCCAAAGCAGAAAUAGAGGAUUUGGUCAGGAAUUUGGAGAGCAUCACUGAGGGUGAAGUGAAUGUAGACCCAAAAUAUCAUCGUCAUUUCGUCGCAAGGAGAGGUGAAGUACUGCGUCAAAUUGCGGAGGAAUACGGUGGCGUGACGGUCAGCUUCCCGCGCAGCGGCGUCAAGAGUGACAGGGUUGUACUAAAGGGGGCGAAGGAGUGUGUCGAGGGCGCCAAGAGGAGGAUCUUGGAGAUAGUGGAGGACUUGGAGAACCAGGUGACCAUCGAGUGCGUGAUCCCACAAAAACAUCACCGCACUGUUAUGGGCUCGAAAGGCCACAAGGUCCAGGAGAUCACACGUGAUCAUGAAGUUGGCGUGAAAUUCCCUGAUCGCCCCAUCCCAAAUCAAGGUGGCGGGGACGCACCUGGGCAAGAGGAGCCUGCUGUACCCAAUGGCGAUGUUAGCUCUGAGGGCAGCGCUCAUGAUGAUGCGCCCAAGAAAUGCGACAUCAUUAUCAUCACCGGGAAGAAAGAGAACUGCGAGGCGGCAAAGAAUGCUUUGUUGAACCUUGUCCCAGUCACCGAGGACACUAAUGUCCCAUUCAAGUUCCAUCGCUUCAUCAUCGGACAGCGCGGAAAAGAUGUACGCAAAAUGAUGGAGGACUACGACGUCAGCAUCUCCGUGCCGCCAGCAGAGCUUGAAAGCGACUUGAUCAAGGUCUCGGGUCCGCCGGAGAACGUACGCCGCGCCCAGGAAGCUCUGCUUCAGAGAGUUGAAGAACUGGAGAAGGAGGAGGAAGAGAGGGCUCUGAAGAGUUUCAAGGUCUCCUUCGAAGUGGACCCAGCCUACCAUCCUAAGAUCAUUGGGCGUAAAGGCAUGGUCAUCUCGAAGAUUCGCGACCGCCACGAUGUGCAGAUCCAGUUUCCCGAGCGCAAUGACGAUAACAAGGGUCUGAUCGAGGUCACUGGAUAUGAACAGAACGCCAAUGAGGCUAAGGAUGAGAUUAUGAAGAUUGUGAAAUCUUUGGAUAACCAGACUACAGAAGAGGUAUCGCUCGACCCUCGCAUCCACGCCAGGCUAAUCGGGCAGAAGGGACGCACCAUCCGCAGGCUGAUGGAGGAGUACAAGGUGGACAUCCGCUUCCCGCGCCAGGACAGCGAGCAUCCGGAUAUCGUUCUUAUUACCGGAGAGGAAGAUGAUGUCUUGGAUUGCAAAGAUUACCUCUUGAACCAAGCGGAAGAAUUUGAGCAAGACCUUCUGGAUCAAGAGAUGUUAAAGCAGUACACUCAACCGCGUCGUCAGGAUCGCCAAGAACGCCCGCCAGCAGGGCGUGGCUUCUCUGUACGCGACGCCCCAUGGGACCAGACGCCCGACACCAACAGUACUGACGACUUCCCGACGAUCGGCGCAGCAACUGCUCCAGCAACAUCGGCACCAAACUUUGCAUGGGGACCAGCUAGACGCUAAUCAUCCAAUACAAUGUCAUUUGACAUUAUUUUCAUAUCCGUUAGGUGACGCUGCAAUGCCUGUUUCGGUCAACUCCUCUUAUGAACUGUUUGGCGUGGCUCCCCAUUCAGUUAUUGCAAAACCACACAUCUGAAGAAGGUGCUGACUGAUUUGGAUAUUUCAGCACAGCCUGUUAAUUAUACUUUGUAUCCCUUUUGCUGGUACUAUAGCUUUUUUGAUUGACAUUUUGUGCAUAAUCAUGUCAUGGGCUUGUGUUGCACUGUCUCACUGCAACCCUGUUUUCUACAGCAGUUGAGAGGACAGAGUUGCGUCUGUUAUGUUCAUGUUUUCAGACGGAAGAAAAAAAAUUGCUCAAAUAUUCAUGUAUUAACUUGUUCUAAAACAUGUUCUACAGAUUUGGGUGUCCACUUCAUGUUGAAUUGGUGGCCACUGAAUGUGUGCACUUUGUACAUAGAAAUCUAUACACGAAUGCUGCCAAUUUACCAUGGAUGGGACUUCAUCAAACAGAGGCUGCUCAGUGCUGCCCUUCAUCGACUUAAUUUGUUUUGCAUGAAAAAUAUUUGUUUUUGACUUCAGCUUUUCAAUCCACUUUCACCUCCAGCGAAUGGCACUGAAUUGAUAAUGCCCCAUGGUGACCUCUCGUAUUUUGUAAGCUCAUUUGAUGCGAUCAGUUCUCUAUGAUCAUCUGAUCAGUCUCCGUUCUAGCUCAUCCAGAUUCCUUCGUCACGUUCAAGUUAAGCUUGUACCGAAAUGAUGAGAGUUGCCUUAAUUUUGGACAGAUGCGACAGUGGAUCAGGCGAGUGUCUUGCAAUGGGAUGGAUGUUCAUUAUCAUAGUUUACUGUCCUUCUGAGGCUGGUCCACUAAACUGAUGCGAGAGGCUAUCAAUCACAGCUUGCAAUGAGCAGCUUGUGUGAUACGAGAUCCUUUCAUUUGUCACGGCAUUGGAUCUGUUUUCACCAUGGGGUACGAAAUUCUGGCACAGUCUUAUGUCCAGACCAACUGUUGAUAUCAUACUUGUAAUUUCGUCUCUUUAAGUUUAAAAAUUCUUUGUUAUUUCUUCGCUGCUAAUUGUUAAUUGACUCUUGCUUUGAACGAUGAUUGAUUGAUUAACCAGUAUUAAUUGGGGGUGUGAACUUAUUUUUGAUCUGAAAUUUUUCAAGUCUCCUGCGUCACGGUUUUUCAGACCAAAUUUUUUUGUCCAUGGCUCACCAGUCACUGUCACACCCCUGAUUAAUGUCGCCUUCAGUGCUGGACUUCGAAGACACUGCCGUCUCACCUACUUAACAUCCAAACACAAUUUUUGGAGGUUGCCAACUUGGUAGUGAUCCUAAACUAAUAUUGAUAAAGGGUGCAGGGAUUUUUUGGACUUAAGUCUUUAUUUCAAUAUUUUGUUAAUGGUAGAAUGUCCCCCCCCCCCCCCCCCCUGUCCUUGCCUUGAUUUCUGUGUUCUUCGUCAUUAAGCACUAAUAAAAAUGUUCAAAAGAUGUGGAUGUUUCAUUCUUUGUUUGGAAAUAUCACAGUGUCAUUUGGCUCAAAUUAAAUUAACGUCUUGAUAGUCUUGUUGCUUCUCUAAUAAUAAUGAUGAUAAUAGUAAUAAUUUCAUUUUAGUGCAUUUCACCAUAGUGUUGUAAAAUCAGUGAGAGGACUGUGUGCACACUUGAUUUCACAGUCUGUUUUGGAAUUUUAGUUGUAAAUCCCUCGGCAUGAGUUUUGUAUCAUUUUGAAGCCAUUUCUGUGGGCUUCCUCUUCAAUUUUCAUGUGAUCUUGUCUUAUGUUUUCCAAUAGCGCUCAGACUGGAAUUAAAAAAUCAUCAUGAUCAUCACUGAAAAAUAAACAGUGUCUGUUUUCUAUUUAUUUCUGCUAUGAGCACAAGUCCGAGACUCAUUUGUUUUAACAUUUUUCAUGUUUCCCUGUUCAGUUAAUUCGGGUAUAUAAAAUACCAAUAUUGUGUACAACUAGAUGCAGGAAAAAAAAUUAAUAAAAUCCAGAAAAAAAUGUAUAAAAAUGUAAAAUACGAAACAAAGCAUAUAGUUACAUAAUAUGUUGAAUGAAACAAUAAUAUGAUGUAAUAAUGUUAUGCAUAAAGUUUAUGCAUAUGUCUGUUAAUUGAUGUGAAAGAUAUAACAAGGUCCCAAAGAUCUCCCGAUGAAUAUAACCUGAUGAUUUUGAGCAUGUGUAAAUCACUAGGGGCCAAUUUUCCGCUGAAUUUUGACCUCUGCGUAUACUUGACGAGUAUAACGAUGGGAUGAUUAUUGUGCUGUUUUUUUCUGGUGAAGGGUUAGGGUAUACCUCUAUAUUUAUGCUACAUACUGUAAAACCUGAAUGGAUAUCCUGUUGAAUGACCUGUAUUUUGCGUUGGCCCGUUUGGUGCAGCCGUCGUCUGCCCGUGUUCUCUAUUAAGAAGUUGCAUUUUGUUGACAUCAAAUUUAGAUAAGCUAUGAACUUGUCUGUUUUUGAUCGUAUUUGUAUAAUGCAUCUAUAGAGCAGUUACCUAGACAGUGCUGGUAAAGCUGUAAAAAAAACCGAAGUUUACUGUAAUAAAAAUGACUAGUCCCA